AUGGACAUGUGGAUUUGCCAGCAGGCAGCAGGCACAUUCAGGGUGGAUGAAAAUCCUUACUUUGAAAAUAAAGUUCUCUCCAAAGAAUUUCAUCUGAAUGACAAUGGUGAUCUAUCUUCAAAUUCCACUGAAAUCAAAUGGAAAUCUGGAAAGGAUUUGACGAAACGUUCAAGUCAAAUGCAGAAGAAAGACAGCAGAAAGAGGCAGCAUGAAGAACCAGAGAACUUCUUUACCUGGUUUAUUGACCAUUCUGAUGCAGGUGCUGAUAAGUUAGGAGAGGUCAUUGAAGAUGACAUUUGGCCAAAACCAUUACAGUACUACUUGGUUCCUGAUAUGGAUGACGAAGAAGAAGGAGCAGAAGAUGAUGAUGAUGAUGAUGAAGAUGAGGAAGGAUUAGAAGAUAUUGAUGAAGAAGGGGGUGAGGAUGAAGGUGAAGAAGAUGAUGAUGAAGGAAAGGAAGGAGAGGAGGAUGAAGAAGAUGACUAAUAGAACACUGAUAGAUUCCAACUUUCCUUUUUUAAAAAUUUUCUCCAGUCCCUGGGAGCAAGUUGCAGUUUUGUUGUUGUUGUUGUUGUUUCCCCUCUCGUGCUCAGUCACCCUGUUCUUGAGGUCUCUUUUCUCAACUUAUUUUGGGGGAAAUACCUUGAGCAGAAUACAAUGGGAAGUCUCUACCCCUUUCUGCUCGAAAUUCAUUUUUAUUGCUUACUAUCUGAAUAAAAACUGUAUGGAAUCAACACCACCGAGCUCUGUGGGAAAAAAGAAAACCCUGCUCCCUUUGCUCUGCUGGAAGCUGGAGGGUGCUAGGCCCCUGUGUA